AUGGAACUCUAUCCUGUGUCUCUCAAUUCCCACCGCUACAUUCGAGCGCCAAUCCACUUCGAAGGUGGGCUUCUGAUAGUUGCGUUGCUGAUAAGUCUCGCAAUAAUUGCGGUCGUUUUUCGUCUUCCAAAAUCUGAGAAAUUCAACGACGGCCUCAUGACCGCCAACAAGCUCUUUCGGUAUGAGCCAGCUGUUUUCGCGCGCUUCAGAUGGAUUAUCAAUGCAAAGAAAAUACUUCGAGCUGCAGACAAGAAGGCACAAGGUCACCCGUACCGUCUCUACAGAGGCGAUACAGAUCAAAUUGUCCUUCCCACAAGCAUGAUACCUGAGCUGAACGGCUUGGGAAUAGAUUGCUUGAAUAGUCGCGAGUCUCAUUCUUUCGGCCUCUUGGGUCACCUCACGGGCAUGGACGUCGUCCGUGUGACCAGUUUUCACGUCCGGGUUCUAUUAUCCUACAUCAGCCCAGCUCUCCCUUCGCUGUUUGCUGUCAUGGGCGAACGCAUUUCAGCGGGUGUCCAGGAUGAGUUUCCGCAAAGUCACGAAUGGAUGCCCAUGAAACCCAGUAAAGCAGUCGUGCACUGUAUUAGUGAGGCAAUCGCUCUCAUCUUAUUUGGAGCGGAGAUGACUCGGGACAUUCCGGAACUUGUCCACUUGUCACAUGAGCACACCAACAACGUCUUCAAGGUCUGCUUCGCCAUGCGCUGCGUACCGCAGACUCUGCAGCCCAUACUGGUCUGGCUUCUCCCAGCAAAGUGGAGGCUGAUUAGCAGCUGGAAAAAACUUCGCGGCUUUGUUGUUCCGCGGGUGCUUCAGCAAAACGAGGCACGUCGUACGCGGAACAGCAAAGGUGCUGCUGUCGUCAACCCAGAUGUUAUCUCUUGGAUGGUCGAAGACGGUCGAAACGAGCUAGAACGUGAUCCCGAAAAUUUAACUACCCUAAUUGGUUCCAUUGCGGCUGGAUCCACAUACAGCAUCACAAACUUCUGUUGCCGGACUAUAGUGGACCUAGUUGGGCACCCUGAUGUUCUAGAUGCUGUACGCGAUGAGAUACGUCGGCAAAACGCCGAGGUUCAAGGUCGUUGGAGCAUGGCGGCCUUGGCCGGCCUCGAAAAGCUUGAAUCGGCAAUGAAGGAGUCGUCGCGUCUAACACCAGGGACGUUUCUUGUCUACAGCCGCGUCGUCAAGAAAGACUGCGUUCUCGCCAAUGGACUGGUGCUUCGGAAAGGCCAGUUCAUUACUAUGUCCGGCGCGACGCGAACCAUGGAUCCCAGCAUUUUUCAAGACGCGCAAGAGUACCAGGGCCUGCGCUUCUGUGCAGAAGAUCGGGUGAAGGAACACCAUGGGCAUGCCCAGGACGAUUGA